ACAAUAUUUAAUCUUUGUUAGCUUGUAUAUCCUCACAUUUGCAAAUGCAAAUGAGGGCAGAUGUAAAACUACCACUACGUAGUGACCAUUCUCUUAUGAGAUUAAUUUAGUUAUGUAAGGUGCUAUAUAAGGGUAAAUGGUGUUGAGUAUUUUGUGGGUUAAUGGUUUCACAUGAAAAGAAUAUUCUAUGAGGGAUUUAAAUUAGCAUGCCUAGUGUUCAGCCAAAUAAAUGUGUAAAUUAAACACUGGCCAAGGUUUAUGAAAACAGUCUAUUUAAAAUGCCUCCCCUAAGCCCCAUCUUUAUUUGUGUUAAACGGGGUAAAGUUUGUUGCACUGAAUUUUACCACACAAUUGCCGCAGGGCUUCGAGUCACCUUGGUCUGUCAACGUCUGGAAGUAAACCGGGCGAAGUUUCAUAUUCUCCACCUCGCAGUGACAGCUGCUGUCCGCAGCAGCCCGGCUCUCCUGCCCCUUUGUCCAUUGUCUGUGGAGCUGCCCGGCCUGUGGUUUUAGCUGUCACGUGUGUCUGCGAGAGGGAGACUGGACCAGUCUGAGUAAGCAGCCAGGUGUACUGCUGGCUGGCUGGCUGGCUCACGCGGCUCUGGUCAUGCACACGGCUCCAUGCACAGCUGAGUGAAAGGCACAGAGAAGCUGCGUAAGAGGGCGCAGGAUGGAGAGGUGUUGGAACUGUUCAGCAACAGCCCUGGAGGGACCGCCACGCACGUUUCACUCCCAACAGGAUGGGGCCCCAGCACUGUCCCCCCAGUUUCCUCACAGGGCAUUUUGGGGCGCUCUCAGUGCCAUCCUGCUUAUGGUUGUCAUAGCACUCAGUGUCGUGGGACACAUAGGCUUCAGACAGCCAGACCCACAGUCUAUGUUACAGGUGGUUAGGAUCAUAGUUCCAGAUGAGACUGGAAUGGUGGUCAAUCAGUCAGCACUGGUGGACCAGCGAAACGAUGUGGUGAUCUACUCUGUGACCUCCAUCGCCAACCACACCUCCACGGUGAUGUUUGACAUUAAGCAUGGAUUGAUAUGCUACAAACCUGAUAACCAGGAGAUCUGCUUUCUACGCAAAAUGGAGGGAACUGAUUAUGAAAAUGUUCACACUCUUCUGGAUGAAUCUAAAAAGGUCAACCAGUUCUGGCUGGUGGGCAAUGAGACGCAGAGGCACACAGAGUUUCUAGGGGUGCUGGGGGGCAGCCAAGUGGAUGCCUCCACCCUCCAGGAACCCCUCCAGACCCUUUGCCAGCAAAGCUCAAUUUACUGGACCCGCAGAGCUGACGGUCCAGGGAAACAGAGGCUUAUUUACUUCUGCAUCGACAUUUGCUUCCCCAGCAACAUCUGCGUGUCCGUGUGCUUCUACUACCUGCCUGAGUGAGCGGCUGGGCUCAGCUCCACAGCCCAGGGAACGUGCUCCUCCUCUCCACUGCUGAGGCGGUGCCGCCGUUGUGGAAAGAGCAUGGGGGGGGGGGGACGCGUGCUGAAUCUCCACUCCCACACAGAACACGCAGCCCUGCGUCCCCUCAUCCUACUAAGGGGGGGGGGGGGUAACCGGAGAAACCCUGUCUACUAAUCCCAAAAGUUUUCAUCUUUUUUUAAACUUUUUUUUUGGUGGAGGAAUUUGACUGCAGAUGAAAAGAUCCAUUGAUGCCUGCGUUUCUUUAAACCUGCAGUUCAUGACUUCAGAGAUUGCUGUUGGCUGGAGUGUCUCAUCUCAGCAAUAAAGCACCAUUAUAGAAGGUACCACUGUCUGUAGAAGCUCAUGUAAUCAAAGCCUAGAGAGACAUGCUGCAUAGAACAGAGUACGGUUUGAAUAAAUAUUUCUACAAAUGUAGCUGGUCCUUUAAGUAAAACCAAAUUUUAAAGGAUAAUAAAACAAUAAAACUGCUUCUCUAUACAAGAGUCUACACAAAUAAAUUUCAUAGUAAAUACUAACAUUA